UUAAACCAGACCUUGAAAUUUCCACUCGCCUGCUCGCCAAUGGCGAGUGGAAAUUAUGGUGGGGGCGAGUGUGUCCCCCAGGGCCGUCUUGCUGAGCCGGCUCGGAGCUCAGGCCGGACCUGUCAUUGGCACUGGGAGCCGUCAGACUGCUCAAUAGUUGAGCGCAGUGAAAGCAAAGGAAGGAGUGUGUGCUGUGCUCUCUGCCUCCCCCUAGAGUGUAGUACCCGGCUCGGUGAGUGAACAACGAAGUACUGCAACUUUUUAUAGGUGUGUGGGAGAGGAGAGAGCACUUAACAGCGUGCGUGCGUGUAUGCAUGUCUGUGUAUGUACAUGUGUGCAUCUGUGUGUACAGGUGUCUCUGUUUGUGUGUGUUUCUUGGU